CCCGUAGAGAAGCAGGAGAAAGAGAGAUGAGGGCUCACCCCUCACUGCCCGUAAAGAAGCAGGACAGAGAGAGAGAGAGAGAGAGAGAGAGAGAAGGGUGGAUUGUUGGGGAGUUUCCAGUAAAAAUGAUUCAGCUCGCCUAACAGAAUAAAGUGUCCUUCACUGAGGGACGCUCAGGGAUUAUUACGGGGAAAUGGAGAUUGUAAUACUUGUUUCAUUAUUGUCUCUGUAUUGUGACUUCACCGAUGCUGAGUGCCUGGUGAUCAGUCCUGCCAGGCUGGUGGUGAAGUAUGGAGACCCAGCCUCCUCUAACUGCAGCUCAGAUACCCCUGUAGAGAUGGGCUGGGAAGCCACCCAGGGAGGGACGGGUCUAACAGACAAGGAGGUGAAGUUUCUAAACUGGAGGGUGGACAGUGUGAAUGACUGGAAUAACAAACCUAGGUGCUACACAGAGGGAGGCCAGUGUCAGAAACAGCUGGACAUCACAGUAUAUAAGCUUCCAGACAGUGUCUCCAUCAGCUAUAGGAAGUACCCGGAUCCGAUGGUUGAGAAGCAUCAGUACCAGCUACAGUGUCUUGUCCAGAACAUCGCUCCUAUUGAGAGACUCAGGGUGACCUUCUACAAAGUCAAUACCACUGGUGAACAGACAGAAUUAGACACACAACAUAAAUCCAAGGACAACAUCAAGACACCAGAGAAUGGGGCCUAUACUCUGGACUUCACCCCGAGUAGAGAUGAUGACGGGGCCCAGUUGUGGUGUUCAGCCAUGUUGGAUCUGGGACCAGAGGGACCCCAACCUCCUCCUGUGAUGGAAUCAGACCGCCUCAACAUCAACGUGCUCUACAAGCCUCAGAUCACUAUGAGUCCUGGAUGUUUCUCCAUGAGCAUCACAGAGGGCGACACCUUAUCACUUAACUGUAGUGCAAAUGGUAACCCUGCCCCCUCGUACGAUUGGUUGCUCCCCCAAGACGCCCCCAACGCCACAGAAGAGAGAUCCGUAGUGACCAUCACCAACAUGGCCAAGUCUCACUCUGGAGAGUACACCUGCAUCGCCAGAAAUCACCUGGGAAACAGCACCUGUACUGUUAACGUGGAGGUCACAGUGGACUACCUGCCCAUCAUUGCAGGGCUGGCUGCAGCUGCGGUGGUGAUCCUCUUGGUAGUCUCCUGUUUCAUCUACUCCUCUUACUAUAAACACACACGCAUGGGCCACUACCAGCUGAAAGACAUGUUGCCACGACGACACAAGAACAAACAGGUGGUGCACCACAACGGAAUGGACCAGUCCUUUAUGUAGAGGAGGGGUUGGGGUCAGAGCAUGUGAGCAGAGGUGAAUGGUUGGAAAUGCCGAUGAGUGGGUGUGGCUCUCCACGUCCUUUCCUACUGCUACCUCACAGAAAAAAAACACUGCUCCAAAUUCACUCCAUUCAUUAAAAUCACAAUUUAACAAACACCCAUCUAUUUAUGUGACUACCUGGACCUACCAAUUGUUUUUAAGUAUUGAAAACCAAACAAUAUGGAUUUGAAUGAAAAGUAUUAGAAUAAACAUGAAAUGAUGAACAUA